AUGAGCUCUGUUAGGAAUCUCAAAACGACAUUCGCUUUUUUUCUCUUUUCUCUCAUCAUUAUGCAAGCAUCUCAAUUGCCAUUUGAAAUCAUAGCAUGUAUCGCAAGAUUUCUCACGGUCAAGCAAAAGUUAUCAUGUAUUACAGUCUGUCAAGCAUGGAGAACACCUUUUGAAGAAUCGCUGUGGGACACAAUCGUUGUUGGAUCCAGAGCUAGACUAGAAAGUAUCUGCGACUUGACCGAUAUACAGCACAAUGUGUACCGAAAGAAUGGCCACCUUGUCAGAGUUCUCAAGCUUAUGAUUCUUCUCCGAGAUGAUCAGUUGAGAAUUGUUCAAGAGUGCUUUUGUAGCCUGAAACAGCUCAAUACUAUCGGAAGAUCCUUGACAAAAUCAAGCCUUGAAGCCGAAGUAGAUUGGAGCUACUGGAGUUCGCUGACAUGUCUAAUAAUUCAAAUAGAUGAUCUAAAAAUCCAAAUUCCGGUAGAAAAACUCCUUGAAAUCCUAUCCUUUCUACCGUGUCUUAAGCAUCUUGAUUAUUUCAAACCUAUCUGGUCGCCUAAUCCAAUAUACACUCUACAAGACUUUGAGGCACUUCACAAUUACCUGCCACAACUAAAGCGUCUCUCAGUCUCUGCAAAUUUCGCCGAGUUUACGCCAAACGAUAUUACAUACAUCACACAAAACACGUUUCAUGUUAAGCAUCUGGCUGAGCUAUUUAUUGACAGUUGCCAGGUAGACCUCCGGUGGCUAUAUUAUUUUGCUCGAAAAUACCCAAACCUGAAUACCAUAAAAUGGAGAAAUAGUGAUUGGAAGGUCCCGACUACGAUAUUUAAAGAGGAAGCAGCUGUGAUGAUAUCAAGACUCCCGUGUAUGUUUCCUCACAUUAAGACCGUGUUGAAUAUGAAUGCCCUCCCCAAGGAAUGGGUCAAAACCGUCUUCUGGGAUCCCCUGUCUCGAUCAGGCGCAUUGCUAAAUUAUAUGCGUCAUGGGCUGUACAGAGAACACAAUACUACAGAUAAAGCACAAUUGUGCUCUAGCGAAAGCAUGCGCUCUUGCUUGAAAUCUAUCGAGUCUCUCUACGUUGAGGCGGAAUCUUUUUUUUCAGAUCCGUGUUCGAUUCCAAUGGCAUUUGAUUUCUGUCGUAGUCUAGUCAACCUAGAUAUCGAUAUCCACGGAAGCCCUAUUGCAAUUGACCUUUUAUUGGACAGGUGUGAUUCACUAAAGAAGCUAAAGCUUAUAGUUAGCUCUGUUACUACAGCGUCAGAUAUACACAGUCAUCCAAACAUACACGGACUACAGAGCAUUGAAUUCGAGAAGGCAACAAUUAGUGCCAUCGUAUUACAUUAUAUCUCAUUUCGCUGUAUUUAUCUCAAGUGCAUGCGAAUGAAUACAAUCAAAGUAUUCGGUAAAUUUUCUCAUGACACCAAAAGUCUUCUUAUUGAUAUGUCCUAUACUCGAUUCAACCUAUUGCAACUCAACAAUGUUAUGUUUUACGCAUCGAGCAGCGGGAUAUGCGACUCUGGAAAUGCCAUCAACAUACUACAGCUUGUUCGCCCAAAUCUUGCACUCCAACCCAUAAAAACACAUGACUUGAGUAUGAUAUUACCAAGAGGAGGCCUGUUGACGAUGUUGCUCGAAUUACGAUGGUUCCACAUCUAUAAAAUAUGCAAAUUUUACUACAAUAUGGUGAAGCUACGAAUAUUUGGAACCGAAGAGUCUCAGGACAGCAAGACUAGUUUCGAAUCGUAUCACCAUGUUAACAAGCUGCGUGUUGGCCACAGGGAAGUAACUAGCUAUGCAUGUAACCAAGACUAUUCAAAUGGAUCAGUAAAAGAUAUCAACCGAGGUUAUGCUUCACUGAGAUGUGGCUAUGUGAAGAAGUAUGAUAUGGGUAAUUUAGAUAAUUGCGAAAAACUUACAUUAGAAAACAGCUGUAAGACGAUGUAG